CAGCAGCCAACCAUGUACGAGCUUCGUUGUUUAGGGCCUUCUUUCCUGGCAACAAACCUGCUCUUUCCCUCGCUGUAUCACCAUACCUUCAGGUAGAAGGAGCACCACGACCGCUACCUCCUCUGCCAUUCACAUUCGCUUUCUACGAGUUUAUCCACGACUCAGGUUUCAGGACAUUCCUCGCCGGAGAGGGUUGCCCCUCAACAACACAACAUCAUUUCCAAACAUCAAUAGGUCUUAGGAUAUUGCAGACACAAUGGCUUUCGGGGACUUCUAUUCGUUAUGCAACCAAGCAUCAGUACCGCUAUGUUCGAUGGUCGGAGCGAUCAAAACGAUUGCGGGUUCGCAUGGGAUUGAAGCAGAGUGUUAUUCGCGCAGCAUCGAAUUGGCCAACACGAUCAUUUUCCAAGGCGCCGCGUCGUUCAUGCACAUCGCAGCACUAAUCAUGACUGUAAUCAUGAUCCUGCACGUCCGAGGCAAAUUCACAGCCGUCGGUCGCAAAGAAAUCACAUUCUUCUUCUACCUCUACAUGCUGUUAACAGCCUUCUCGCUCGUUCUCGACUCCGGAGUCAUCCCUCCUGGCAGUAGCGCAUACCCAUACUUCGCCGCCGCGCAAAACGGCCUCACAUCAGCGCUGUGUGCUUGUUUGCUCAUCAACGGAUUCGUGGGAUUCCAGCUAUACGAGGACGGCACCACGUUAUCCGUCUGGCUCCUCCGAACAGUCAGCUUCGCCAUGUUUAUCAUCACGGGCUUGAUUUCGCUGGCAACUUUCAAAUCAUGGGCGGGCCUGGGCCCAACUCACACGGUUGGCCUGUUCAUCGUGCUAUACCUCAUCUCUGGGAUAGAAUUAUUGGUUUACGUUGUAAUGCAAACCAUUCUUGUAGUGAACACGCUGCAGGAUCGCUGGCCACUAGGAGAUAUUGCUUUUGGAGCAUUCUUUUUGAUCAUCGGCCAGGUCAUCCUGUACGUUUUCAGCAACACAAUAUGCAAUGCUGUGCAGCAUUACUUGGAUGGGCUAUUCUUUGCUACUAUUUGCAACCUUUUGGCUGUAAUGAUGGUUUACAAGUACUGGGAUUCCAUCACCCGCGAAGAUCUCGAAUUCUCCGUCGGUACCAAGCAAAAUAACUGGGAAGUCAAAGAGCUCCUCCCGGAAGAAGACCGCCGAAACACCUUGUACCAAGACACGAAGUACCAGGACACGGAUUACCCAAGCACAACACUGUACAACUCUACUGCCGCCCCAGGGAGAAACUCGAAUUAUGGAGGGUUUACAUACUAAGCUCCUUUUGAAUCAGUGCUACGGAAGAUGUUAAAAAGGGAUAAAUGAAAAGGGGAAGUGUAGUUUAAGCAUAGCGUGGUUAGGUCUGCUUUACAUUUCGGCGUAAAAAGGCGAAAAAUCAUUGAGUGUAAAUAUUGGAUACGCGGUUAUGGGUCACAGCGUUUGCACUGACUGCACUCCACAGCAGGCAUGUAUGUAGAUAAAUCAAAGUCGUAAUAAAUGGGUCCCUUCGAUCUAUAUCCCGCCAUGUUU